AUGGCACCAGCUACCUGGUCCGGCGGCCUGCCUGGUGGCGAGGCGCAGAGCAUGCAGCAAGAGCUCCGCUUGCGCCAGUCCUGGGGCCCGGGAUCUGUUUUGGAAGUCUUCUCGUCGUCGCUGGGAGGCUGGUCCGUCGGCGUCGUCACGAAGGUGACGAAAGAUGAUAAAGUGGUGGUCCAGUUCAGCAACGCAGCUCAGGAGCCCUUGAUGAAGGUGCUCCCGCGCAGCGAUGUGCAGCUUGCCACGCUGGGCUGCAACACGCAGUCGUUGCCGCCGCACUUCCGCGUCGUGCCUUCCCAGUCUCGCCCUGGACAGGUCUCCUACCUCGACAGCGCUCAUCAGUGCCGCUACUCCACACCCGAAGCCGCCUGGCGACAGCACUUCCAAGACUUGCUGGCCAAGUGGCAGGCCUCAGGUGAGAAGCUUUGGAACGGUUGA